GGUGCAUUAGAGGAUAACUGAGACUCGCACUCUCCUGUCCUAGACUCACGUCACAAUAAUGAUCAACCAUGAACUCACCUCCAUUGCUCUUCCACACCAAUGCCUACCGACUGUCCAAGGUGUAGAGCGACGCGACUAGCGGACGCGCUAAGAAAUUGUUCCCUCUUCGAAUGACCGGACGAGUACAACAAUUGCGAAACCCCGACAUCACAACCUCCAGCCACACUCAUUCGACCGCCAUACCCCAGCUGGAUCCUCAUAGCUGCCUCCUCUCAGCAGCACCAUUGCGCCUACCACGGUGCGCCGUCUCCUCACCCCGCCGGCGACCCGGUCCUUCGUCGCCCCUCCACUUGUCGCGCAGCAUGCCCCGGUAGCAAUGCGAGCCAUCUGGUCCCGGGCAACGUCGAACCCGGGUACCUGCAGAUGCAUAUCAUGCGUCUCCACCUCCGGCGCUCUCGCUAGGCGCAGCGGGCGGACGGCUCUUCGCCGCACGUGGGCAAUUGGUACACCAACGUCGACCUUCGUAUACACUACCAUAUUCGCUGCAGGACUGGCUAUCGAUGCGAGAGCAAAAGCCGCUAGGAACACACAAUGGGAGAAGGCCUUUUCGCAACUAGCCCAAUCUACGGGUGACGGGCCGCCAGGAGAGAGAGCGAAAGACACAAACACGGCGACUGAAUCUAUCGGCUUGUCGGAUGGACAUCAUGGCUUGACCUUCGACGAUCUGCCCGACGACUUUGACUGGGGCGCGUUGGAGCGCAUUGUAGGCAUGGAACUGGAUGAGGAUCCAAUCUUGGAAGACCAAGAAAUCCAGUCGCAAAUCCGCGAUUACGCUGAGCUGGCUUGGGAAGACCUGCGUUUUGACUCGAGGUUCCCAGGUGUCCAGCUUCUGGAGUUCCCAACAAAUACCGGCCCUGAGCUUAUACGCUACAACUUGCCGCCCCAGUCCUUGUGGGCGCCAGACGCACUACGCGUAAACGCCCUACAAAGGCGACACUCGUGGAAGAAGCUGGCCAUGCAGGAACUUUCCACCGGUCUCCUUAUACACGAACUACUGCACAAAAACAACGUGCCUAGAUUCGACAAGGCUUGGGAUGUGGAUUCCGACAACUUAUCACAUCAGAUCCGGGACGUUAUAGCCUUGAAUGCUGUGGAGCGUGAGCAAGCGCGCUUAAACAUCCUAGAGGCUCUUGAAAACCUCCACAAAGUUCCUGUUGAUAGUCCGGCAGACGUGAUUGCCCAGGCUAAAAUUCACCCAGAUCAUCCAGGAAUUCCGGAAUACUAUCAGGACGUGGAUGGAGACUUUUACGCUAUUACGACCCAGAUGAAUCGGAGCAUUCAAAAUUUAUUUGAAAGCGAUAUACACGGUAACGACCGCAAAGAGGCUGUCGUGCUUGCAAAGAUCUGUCACAACCUCCUCGUUUCAUCGGCCUCACCGGACUUACAGACGUUCAACACUUUGCUGGUAGGUUUCCGACGGUGGCGGCGUCGAAAACUCAUAGAUUGUGUGAUACCCGCCCUCUACUACAACAAAAUACGUCCGAACGAGAUUACCUGUCGAGAAAUACUCAAUCACUACGCCUCCCUGAGGCAUGGAAACCCUGAAGACUUUUCGAGGUUCGUCGCCAGGAUGAGAGGUGUAGGCGACGGGCUUAUGCUCGCUACUCCCAAAGUCAACGUUAAUGAAGCCAGCCAUGGCCGGCUCGUGAGGGUCGACGAAAAGAAGAUCUACCAGAAAGUCCACCCAACACCCAUGGUGUUUAGUUCCCUCAUAACUGGUGUCAUGAGAUUCGCAGGGUUCGACCGAGCGCUCGAUAUCUACUACGAGAUGAAAGCGGACGGCUGGGGUCUCGACGUUCAAGGUCUGACGAGAAUGCUCAACGACUGUAUCCGCCGCGCGGACUGGGAAGGGGGCCUAUACAUCUGGGGAGAAAUUAGUAGCAUCAAGGCCAGAGUGAAUCAUGAAGACAUGAUUAAAGCAUACGGUCAAAUGCUAGGCUUGUGCUCCAUCACCGGCAACACGGUCGCCUUCAACCAGAUCCUGACGGACAUCUCUACCGAAGGCUUCGAUCGCAAUAAGAUCCUCGACCUCGCCUUAAGAAAUGAGCAUGUGGCAAAGAAGAAGAAACAGUAUCUCGCUCCCCCCUGGGUCGCAGAUAAUGUCAUGAUAGCCGCUUCCGCCUACAUCAAGGACUCGAAAGAUUCGGAGGCAGAGCAGACGCUAGAAGGCAUAGACGAGGACAACAACACUACAUUCACUCAACACGCGCCUGACGCGCCGGAUACAGUGGAGGACAUCGCACAUAACACGGCUGACCCAAAAGAGGUUUGGGCUUCAUGGUUGGAGCGGGAAUUUGGAGAGAGACCUGAAGAUCCGGAGCCUUGAAAGGCGACCAUAUGUACAGUACGAGUUUUCACAUGUAUACUAGUGUAUAUACCAUAGCCCUACGAUAGCGCUACUUUCGAAUGCAUAGCAGACAAUCUUGUCACAUCAAACUCUCGCCCAACCAGCGGUAGCAACAUUCCGUCUGGUACAGGCCAUGCCAACG